UUUCUUUCUUCUUCAAGAAUUUACCUUCCCAGUUCUCUACAUCUCUCUCUCUUUCUCUCUCUCCAAGAUUUAGGAUGCCGCAGGUGGAUCUGGAAACGCUCGUUUCAGCUUGCGCCGGAGGGGAUCGGAAGAUCGCCUGCGAGACGCUGGCCGGAGGCGAGGGCGAGAAACAGAUGAAGGAGGAAGAAGAAGAAGAUCUGCCUCCGGAUUUUCCGCCGGAAUCGUUCUGGUUGUCGAAGGACGCGGAGUUCGACUGGUUCGACCGCAACGCGUUCUACGAGCGGAAGGACUCCACGAAGGGGGCCUCGAAUUCGGGUAACUUGAAUCCGCAUUCGAACUCUUCGUCGCAGAGGUUCUCGAAGAACUUCAGGGCCAAGGCGGCCAUCAUUGGACUGCCGAAGACGCAGAAGACGAGUUACGUUGAUACGACAAAGCGCAGGAACUGUAGGCCGCCGAACAUCCGGCUAUUUCCGAAGCGGUCCGGAUCAGUCGGCAAGUCGGCGGCUCCGAUGACGGAACCAUCGUCGCCGAAGGUGUCUUGUAUGGGGAGAGUGAGGUCGAAGCGAUGCCGCCGGAAGGCGUCGGAAGCGACUCCCGCCACGAACGCCAGAAAGUCUGAACGCCGGAGGUCCGGACUCUUCGGAAGCUGCAUGUCGUUAUUCCAGUCCCGCCGGAGGAACAAACCGGCCGUUCGAACUGACGAUCCGCCGGCGACUACGGUGGAAUCGCCUCCUAGGAGGAACGUGACUGCCAAAUCGCGGGAAUUUCCUGUGAGCGUCGAGCCGGCGGCCGAGCCUCCCAGUUUGGGAGGGGUGAAGCGGUUCGCGUCGGGCCGGAGAUCGAUGUCGUGGGGUUCAGAUUCCGACGUGUCGAACGGUCAUUUGUAGACAACCGGAGGUGGGCCCACGGGCGGGAAGGAGGAGCUGAUCCGGUCGCGACGGGCAGCUCUCUUGCUCGCCCGUCAAGUAGUUGUUGGAAUAGUGGGGUUUUGAUUAGCCGACGUGGAUUUUCAAUAAGGGUUGCGCUUCAUUGUCCCGUCAAAAGGUGAAGAAGCAUGUCUUCCACAUUUUGUUCCUGUUCUCUUUUUCUUAGUUUAUUUAAUUAUAUUACUGUAAAUACAAGAGUGAUUUUGGAGUUAUUAAUAUAUAUAUAUAUAUGUAUGUAUAUUCCAGUUA